AUGUAUCGCUCAAUCUUGCACCAGCUUCUCUCGUCUACUGCCGUUCCAUCGAGUGCCAAACAGCCCUACUUUAGCUUUGCAGCGAAGAUGCUAAGUCAAGAUGACGGCAUAAAUUGGACAAUCCGAGACUUGAAACAUCAGCUGUUAUCGCUCAUCCGAUUGCUGAACAACCGCUACGUGUUCUUCUUUAUUGAUGCUCUGGACGAAUGCGACCAAGCCGAGAUGGAGGACAUGAUACCGUUCCUCGAGCACUUGGGGCACUCUUUGAAUGCAUGCGAUGUUCAUCUGAGAAUCUGUCUGGCAAGCCGACACUAUCCACAACUCAAUAUUGAACGUGGCAUUGAGUGGGUCUUGGAGUACCAGCAGGAGCAUCAAGGCGACAUGCGGAAGUACGUUGAGACGAAAUUGAAAGGGGGCAAGUCAAAAAUGCUCCAAGAGAUUAGAGAAGAAGUGUGCGCCCGAGCAUCCGGUGUAUUCCUCUGGGUUAUACUUGUAGUUCGAUCGCUAAAUGAUGCGUUCGCCAAGGGCAAAAUCCAUGCUGUACGUCAACGGCUGGAUGAAAUCCCGGACGGGCUCGAUGAUCUUUUCACCGAUAUGCUGACCAGAGACACUGAGGAAAUUGAUGACCUUAUCUUUUGUCUUCGACUCAUCUUGUUUGCACAACGUCCAUUGUCCAAGGAUGAGUUCUACUUCGGGGUGAUGUUUACCAAAAACGGCUUGAUCAAAAGAGAAGGCGAAUGGCACAUUGACCCGCACAUUGAGAACUUUAUCCUCAACGUCUCCAAAGGCCUCGUGGAAAUUACCCGCACCAAAGCUCGCAUAGUACAUUUCAUUCACGAGUCAGUGCGAGAUUUCCUACUACGACGGGACGGUUUUAGCAAACUCCAGGCUGGGUCGAGCGCGAACACAAUCGGGAACGCCCAUAACGAGCUUGCACAAAUCUGCUUCCGAUACAUCUGUCAAAUCAAGCUCAUGGCCGCAAAGGAGCUUCGAAGACCCUGUGUAUGGCCACCCCUAGUAUGGCCACCUCAAGUCGAGAACUAUCUGAAUGCAGAAAUCCCAUUCCUCAAUUAUGCUAUCCAUAGCCUCCUGCCUCACAGCAAUGCGGCUGAGGCUGGAGGCACUUCGCAAGCUGCCUUCCUGCAAGCGUUUUCUUUGUCAUUCGAGGACUUCAAGCACAUCCGCAAUGCCCUUACAUUAUGUCACAUUCGCCAAUAUGGAUCCGACGUCACGGUUCUAUACGUUCUAGCAGAAUUGAACUUGGACCACCUCAUCCGCCUGGAACUUCUACGUACGCCACAGAUGUGGAAGCAAAUGGGAAGGUAUCACAGCCCAAUGGGUGCGGCUGUCUACUUGGGUAACACACUUGCAAUCAGGGCCUUACUUGGUUGCAAUACGAGUUCAGAUGCCUCUGUCGACAACUCCUUGCUUGAGGCUGGGGUUAUUGAUCGUAUGAAACAAUAUGUGGUCAACAGCAAGCGAAUCAAGAUGAAAAUAGGUUCUAUGGCUUUGUAUCUGGUGGAGUACGCUAUUAAACGUGGUCAUGUAGCCAUAUUAAAGCUCCUCUACCUCACUGGCAAAAUCGAUCUGAACCAUAAGCUCAACUGUCGUUCGCUACCGCUUAUCUGUGCGAUUAAGAGUGCCAAGGCAGAAAUUGUGGAAUUUUUGCUCAGCUGUGAUAGAGUCACUAUUGCCAGCCCCACAAACGCUUUGCAAGCUGGGAUCACUCGAGGUAAAAGGGAUGUUUGCAGUGUCCUACUUUCCCUCCCAUGCAGUCUUCGUUGGUUGGACUCCUACGGGGGAGUUGCCAUCCACUGGGCAGUAACUGGAAACAACGGGUCUACAAUGAGACAGCUCCUUGAGCUUGGUUGCGACGUAACGCUACGGGAUGGAACUGGUCGAGAUGCUUUGUCACAUGCUGCCGAACAAGGCAAAAUUGAGAUGAUGAAAAUCCUAAUUGAGAGCGGGGUUGUCGAUAUAGAUGGGAAAGACGGUCAGGGAAGGACGGCUUUCUCAUGGGCCGCAGCACCAUACAGUGAAACCAUCAAUCGUUCGCCUGGCCCGAAAAAAAGUUGGGAUCAAUUGCAAAAGGAAGCCAUGUAUUUGCUACUCAGCACGGGAAGAGUUGAUGUGAACUCCAGAGACAAACAUCAAUGGACGCCCUUAUUAUGGGCCGUUCAGAGAAAUAAACCAGUGGCAGUGGACAUUCUUCUUGAGGCCUCAGAAACUGAGGUUGACUGUAGAAGUGUGACAGGAAAAACACCACUUACGGUAGCCGCAAUGUGUGGACACGAAGCCAUGCUAUGUAAGCUCCUGCAGUCAGGUCGCGCGGAUGUCAAUUCUCAGGAUAUUUUCGGGAGAACACCUUUAUCUUGGGCUUUUUACCCAUCUGGUAUGUCUCCACGGCCUUCUGGACAAGGUCUUCUUCCAAAGUCCAGCAGGAAGUGGCAGUGCUUGGUAGACGGAACAUCCCCGCAUCGUGCAGUUCCGUUGCUGCUGGAUUGCCCGAUAAUAGAUGCCAGCAUUCCGGAUUCCUUUGGCCAUUCAGCCUCGUGGUGGGCCCAAGCUUUCAGGAUUGAUUCUCCCGCAGUCUUGGAAUGGGUUGAAGAGGAAGACAGAAAAGUCAUGCAGUUGCUCAUAGAUCAUCUGUCGAAAAAGAACAAGUCCAAUAUUAACGCGGUUCUGCCACUAGAUAGGGAAACACUCGAGGGCGAAAUGGAGGUUGUUGCAGCGUCCUAUACACCAUAUGACUAUUGA